AUGUCUUCUCAAAUCGACAUCGCGGCUACUCGGGCCAAGUUCCCGGCUCUGGCCCAAGACCAAGUCUUCUUUGAUAACGCUGGCGGGAGUCAAACUCUGGGAAGUGUUAUCGAUACGAUUCGGGACUACCUGUCCCAGACCAACGUCCAGCUAGGAGCUUCUUACAAAGUUGGCCAGCGCUCAACUGCCCUCUAUGGCGACGGCUACCAAGCCGGGGCUAAGUACAUCAACGCAUCCCCGGACGAGAUCGUCUUCGGCGCCUCGACAACCCAGCUCUGUCGAAACCUCUCUCACACUCUCUCAUUCGACAAGGCCGACGAGAUAAUCGUCUCCGCGGUCGACCACGAAGCCAACAUCGCCUCCUGGGUCGACCUCGCCUCUCGCCAGGAUCUCGUCCUCAAAUGGUGGAAGCCGGACAGCGCGACCAACCCUAAGCUCACCGUGGAAAAUCUCAAGCCUCUGCUGUCUCAAAAGACCCGCCUCGUAACCCUGACCCACGCGAGCAACAUCCUCGGCACGAUCCACGACGUGGCGGCCGUUGCGUCCGCGGUCCAUGAGAACACGCCAAAGGGUCUCGUCUGCGUCGACGGCGUGGCUUAUGCCCCUCACCGGCCAAUCGAUGUUAAGGCCCUAGGUAUCGACUUUUAUGCCUUUUCGUGGUACAAGGUGUAUGGCCCGCACACGGCCAUGUUGUACGCGAGCCGCAAGGCGCAGGAUGAGCACAUGCGUUCGUUGGGGCACUUCUUCAACCAAAGUGAGACGCUCGAGGGUAAGCUAGGGCUUGCGGGUGGCAGCUAUGAGCUGGUGUCUGCCGUACCAAAGGUGUUGGAGUAUCUGGGAACUCCGCAGUCUGAGGGUUGGAGCGGCAAGAUUGAGCAGGAGAGGCAGUUGCAGUCGACUCUGCUCGAGUAUCUCAACGGCCGGGGUGAUGUCACCAUCUACGGCGAAUCAGAUGCCGGCACUGAACGCCGUGUCCCGACGAUCAGCUUCAGAGUGAAGGAAUGGAGUGCCAAGGAGCUGGUCACGGCCGUUGAGAAGGAUACAGACUUUGGGUUCAGAUGGGGGCACUUUUACUCGUACCGUCUGCUGAAGGACAUCUUGGGCCUUGAUCCCGCUGAUGGCAUCGUCAGAGUCAGCAUGGUCCACUACAACAGCUUGGACGAGAUCAAGAGCUUCAUCGCCGCGAUGGACAAAGCACUAUCACAGAAGAAGUGA